AUGUCACAAGGCGGAGGUGCUGUCGGCACCUAUGAGAAAUGGGAAUUCGCUGAGGGGAUGGAGUUGGAGAAGCAAGAACAGAGGAAAGCACCUAAAGGAGUGCUGUCCAUCCUAACCUUGUCUCUGGAGAGAGCCGUCACGCUGUUGUAUGUGCUUCUGGCCCUCACCUUUGUGUUCUUCACAACUCUCACCGUCGUGAAUCUCCAGAGAGUAUCUGCAGCGUGGAAGGCGUUGGAACAAGCCCGGAUGCAGAGCGAGAACAGCCACACGACGGCAUGGCACAACCUUUCGGAGGUCCGGCGCGUCCUCGAUAAACAGUUCUCUGGUGAGCUCAAGGUGAUUCGCAGCCGACUUCUGAAUGUGUCACAAGAACUGGAGAAUGUGCGGUGGAAGAUGACACGGUGCAAAGAGGAUUGUGGCAAGGAGCUGUCUGAUCGACUCCGUGUCCUGGAGGAAAGGGACGUGCUGGAGCCGGUGCUGCGGCAGCUGGCGGAGGUGAAGCAGGAGCAGAACCGCACGUCAGCACUUCUCGACGCGGCGCUGGAGGAGAAGCGCAACCUCUCAGAAAUUCUCUGCACGAGGUGUCCCGCUGGCUGGCAGCAGUUUGCCAAAACCUGUUAUUUCUUCUCCACCACCAACAAACCCUGGCUGGCUGCUAAAGACUCCUGCGCCGACUUCAACGCCCAUCUGGCUGUCAUCGACACUGAGCAGGAAAACAAAUUUCUGGCAAAUCACAUCAUGGACAACCGGGUGUUCUGGCUGGGCCUGACUGACGUGCACAAAGAAGGCGACUGGCAGUGGGUGGACGGCCGCUCCAUCUCUCUCUCGUUCUGGAACAGAGGUGAACCCAACAACGUGGGCCAUGACGGCGAGGACUGUGCCACCAUCUACUCCACUGGCUACUGGAAUGACGUCCCCUGUUCCAACGCCGAGUCCUGGAUCUGUGAGCGCAGCUGCUAG